UAAUUUUGUAAUAAUGGAGGACAUGAGACAAGCAAUCAGAAACCAAGGCGAUGUGGCUUUGGCCUUCACAAAGCGGAUUCUUCUCCAAGAAAAGGAAGAAGCCGACAACUCCAACGUGGUGGUGUCGCCAUUGUCCAUCCAUUUGGUGCUCAGCCUUGUGGCUGCUGGUUCCAGUGGCUUCUUCUUGGAUCAGCUUCUGUCCUUCCUUAAAUUCAGCUCCCUUCACCAACUCAACCAAUUUGCUGCUCAAAUCGCAUCCAUCGUCUUGGCCGAUGGCUCUUCCAGCGGCGGACCUCGCCUCGCCUUUCCCAAUGGAGUUUGGGUUGAGCAAUCACUUCCUCUCAAGCAUUCUUUCGAACACCUUGUUCACAAUGUCUAUGAAGCUAAUCUCUGUCCCGUCGAUUUCAGGACUAAGUUUAAUGAAGUGACCUCGGAAGUGAAUUCAUGGGCUGAGAGACACACAAAUGGGCUCAUCACAGACAUUCUUCCCAAUGGUUCGGUUACUCGUCUGACCAGACUCAUCCUUGCAAAUGCACUUUACUUCAAGGGCUCUUGGAAGCAAAAAUUCAAACCUUCAGAAACCCAAAAUCAAGAAUUUCAUCUUCUCAAUGGAACCACCAUUGAAGUCCCCUUUAUGAGCAGCCAAGAAGAGCAGUAUAUAGCUGCUUUUGAUGGCUUCAAAGUUCUUGCAUUGCCUUACCAACAAGGAUUCGACCAACGUCAUUUCUCCAUGUACUUCUUUCUCCCAGACGCCAAAGAUGGAUUACCAUCUUUAAUUCAAAAACUCAAUUCUCAAUCCGGGUUCAUCGACAACCACAUCCCGUACAAUCGAGUUCGAGUUGGCAAAUUCAAAGUCCCAAAAUUUAAAUUUUCAUUUGAGCUCGAAGUUUCUGAUACUUUGAAGGGGUUUGGAUUGACAGUACCUUUAGCUGGGUUGUCAGAAAUGUUGGAGUGUGAAAAAACAAGUGGAGAGCUUUAUGUUAAGGAUAUAUUUCAUAAGUCAUUUGUUGAGGUUAAUGAAGAAGGGACGGAAGCUGCAGCAGUUACGGUUGUUGUUGCUGAAAUUCAGUGUUUGCGUUUGCCUUCUAAAAGUAUAAUGGACUUUGUGGCUGAUCAUCCAUUCUUGUUUGCUAUUAGAGAAGACAGAACAGGAACUUUGCUUUUUGUUGGGCAGAUGGUAAACCCUCUUAAUUAACUACUCUUUACUUUGAAAUUUAAUUUCACUGCUAUGUGUGAAUGUAACUUUGUAAUAGUAAUGUUGUUCUUUAAGAAAAAAGUUUGUAUUGCAGUAAUAAUAUGAUAUAUACUGUUGUAUUCCAACAAGGUUCUCUUUCAAA